GGCGGCACCAGGCUUUGUGUGUGCGCGUAUGUGUGUGAGUGUGUGUCUGUGCGCGAGUGAGAGAGCGGGCGAGUGUGGCGAGCAGGACCCGGCGGGCGCGCUCCCCCAGCCUCUCUCUCCUCUCUCUCUCCUCUCUCUCUCCCUCCCCGCCAGAACCAUGUCGGGCAGGUCGGUUCGAGCCGAGACCAGGAGCCGGGCCAAAGAUGAUAUCAAGAGGGUCAUGGCGGCUAUCGAGAAAGUGCGCAAAUGGGAGAAGAAAUGGGUGACUGUUGGCGACACCUCCCUACGGAUCUACAAGUGGGUCCCUGUGACGGAGCCGAAAGUGGAUGACAAAAACAAGAAUAAGAAGAAAGGCAAGGAUGAGAAGUGUAGCUCCGAGGUGACUACUCCGGAGGACAGCUCGUCACCAGGGAUGAUGGACAUGCACGACGACAAUAGCAACCAGAGCUCCAUAGCGGACGCCUCUCCCAUCAAGCAGGAGAACAGCAGCAACUCCAGCCCUGCCCCCGAGCCCAACGCACCUGUGCCCAGUGACGGCCCCGAAGCCAAGGCCGAUGAGGCGCAGGCCGACGGGAAAGAGCACCCUGGAACUGAAGAUGCCUCUGACGAGCAGAAUUCGCAGUCCUCGAUGGAGAACUCAAUGAACAGCUCAGAAAAAGCGGACCGGCAGCCAUCUGCAGAGUCGGGGUUGGCGGCAGCAGAAGCUUCCGCAGUCUCUCAGGAUUUGGAAGGAGUGCCGCCCUCUAAAAAGAUGAAGCUGGAAUGCUCUCAACAGAACUCUGAAGAGAUGUAGACGCCCAGUGGAACCCUUUGGUCCAUGUUUCAUGGCAGGUACCUCCGCAGGCUUAAUCCUAGAACGUCGCCCAAGCGAUUCCUCUCGGGGGCGAACAGAACUAACGUUUCAAGUUUACUAAGUGCAAAUCCAAGAAAAACCUAGAACGGCGGAACUUCUCAGACACUGACGAACUCUGCUGUGAAGCGGAAACCCUCGAGCGACUGUCCCUGGGGAGGCGGGUGGACAGCUCAGGAGUGUGUCUGCACACUGUCUCGGAAGCCAAGAUUACAUUUGUGUUGCUGCUGUAUCCCCCCCCCACCCCCCCACCCCUCCCCCACCCCUCUAUUUAAUGAUAUAAGCUAUUUGAGGGUGGUACCAAUCAGGAAUUUGCUUUUCAUAGGGGCUUUUUCACUUUUCCACCAAUUCAUUCUGCUUUCUUUUUUUGUGCCUUGUACCCUAGAGGUUAUCUCUGGCAUGCUUCCUGGUUUCUGCAUUUCUCCUGGCAAAAAGUGCCCGUCCCUUUAGUGAAGGCUGCUGCCCGCCCCCUUAACUGACUGUCUCUCCCCCUCUCCCUGCACCCGAGACUGCUUCAGAGCAGGCAGGGUAGAGGGGCGGGAGAUGAGGCACCUUUCAGUGGCCCCCGGUUCAGGUGGGCAGUGGCUGGGCACACCCUGUACCCUACGUGGAGUCAGCCCCAACUUCCAGGGCCCCUGGGGCUCUACGUGUCAGCCCCGCUUCCCAAGGGCUGGCCUCCUUGGUUCAGGACAUGCCCUCACCUCCUGGAGCCGUGGAGACUAGGGGUUUGCAAGCCACAGUAGCCCGGAUUGACAUGCAAAGCCUUUAGAUUCUUCUGGCACUUCCACCCUCUCUCUCCCCCUCUAGCUACCACUGGCACUGCCUUCUCCAGGCCCUCCGAGGACACCAUGACUGACUGCGAGCUUGUCUCCUUAGGACGGUACAGGGCUGGGAAGGUUGGGAGCAGCAGGACUAGCUGGUGCUGAACUCUCCCACGGGACAUUGCUUGGAUUUCAAAUCCACGGAAACCUGCUGCCCUUUGUGUUCCCUGUGCCCCCACACACACACCCCAAGCCCCAGGCAAGAUGCACCUGGCGUGUGGUGUUCUGACUCUCAGAGGCGACAGGUGGAUGGAGUCUCGUUCCCAGCUCGUGCUGGCUGUCGGCCUCCACUGGGGAGCGGACCUUAACGAUUGGGCCUCAAAGGCCAGAAGCAAGGCGCCGCCGCCGAGGAACUGGGGAGAUUUGCACACACCCCCAGAAAGGGGCCACGGCGGCUCCCCCUCCCCCUGCCCGCGAUUGCACCGAGACAGCUUUCUCUCACUCAGUGGAGACGCCCCUUGGACGAACUGCCAGGCGACAGCGGCCGUUCAGUUCUGAGGCCUGGUUUGCUCUUAUUUCCUCCACGGAAUCCUCAGACCUUAAAGCUUCCCUAUGCUCUCUUACUUACUGCACUGGAGCUCUGACUCCCUACGAGUUGUGUGUUUGGGGGGGGGGGGCCGCGGGGUGGUUUUUUGUUUUUGUUUUUGUUUUGUUUGCUCAUUGGUGCAUAUUCAGGUACCAACCUUUUGACGUGUGGAUCUUUCUCCCGACCACCAGGAAAAGUGUCUGCCAGGCUCCAUUUUCUAAGAGUUUGUUUCUGAGGGGAGAGCUCUUAUUUCUUUUUCUGUUCUCAAGGGAGCUGUCGUAUUUCCUAUACUUCACGAAGAAUCAAAAUGUUCCUGGAUUUUAAAUACCUCAUGCAAAAAAUAUCUCCUGAAAUAAGGGAAGAAAAAAAAAAAACUUUGAGAAUCUUAAUGUUGAAGUUAGCGACGCUAAAAUGUUUCUGUCUUAAAAAAAAAAAAUCUUGUACUUAGCAAUUUUGCCCCUCAGGCGGUCAGUUCUAUGAAGAACUGUGUUCUGCGUCUUUGCUGAAAAGCAACCAGAUACACGACCUCCAACAUAUCUCAAGGUCAAGGCGGCUUUACCUCCAGAUUCUAGAGUUAGGGCGACAUUUUUCUUUGCAGCAAAACUCCAUUUUGGUGAGAGAUGAAUUUGGACAUUUAUUUCUUUUUCUGGGAAACGAGAGGUUACAGCAUGCAUCCACGGAGCCAGCAGGGCGGCCAGGGCCGCCUGCAUCUCUUCUGUCCACUGCAGCCUCUCUGGACAGUCGAGAGGAGUUGACGUUGCAGUUGAGGAUGAAGACAAACGUGAGGUCCACGGUACCGAGGCUGUCGUUAGUUUUUCUCUGAAGUGCCUGAAGGUAGGAAUGGACCGUUGAUGGGGACCGUCCGAAUGCCCCCCCAACGGCCACGCCAGGCAAAGAGCCAGCGGCCCUGCACUCCACGCUGGCCAGGAAAGCCUUCCACGCGGAGGAGCGGUCAGACUGCAAAAUCCAAUGUGCUUCCUUCCCCGCCGCGGUCCUCUCCCCGGAGCCGCUGGUCCCCAUCCCUGAACCCCUCGCCCUCAUCCCCACCGCAGAAUCUAAGACCUUUCAUCUGGCCGAGCCAGGGACUGGGGAUCCUAAGCAAAUGCCUUCCGUGGACAUCAGGCCCCAUGGCCUAAAGGGCUCCCAGGGCAAACUUCCCCCCAAAACGUAAAAGUGGGGAAAUGGCGGCUACACAUUCCACAAAGUGCUGGCACUUAACACCCCCAACCCGGAAGGCUAUUGACCGAUCCUUAGAGGGUGGUGACUGCCCAUCGUCAGACGGUGUCAUGGUUUGGAAUGUUAAUUAUUGCCGAGGACCUGGUUAGAGAUAUAAAGACCUUUUGUUUUGUUUUGUUUUGUUUUUCACUGUUACCUUUUUUUUUCCUCUUACAAUUUUUUUGGUGUGUUGUACAGCAGUAUAAUUUUUCACUUAUUUAUUCCAUCAGUAGGUAUUGUUUGUACAAUGUACAAUGGUUUCAUUUCAGAAAAUAAAAAAAAAAAUUCAGAUCA